AAGCGCUUUACAGGUAACGGGGGACUCCCCUCCACCACCACCAAUGUGCAGCAUCCACCUGGUGGAUAUAACAAACAAGGGUAUAAACAUACAGAUGCCGGAACAUGACAGAACAAAGGGCAACAUCAGAUGAAUGCAACUGCCUCAACACCUGCACAGUCAGCCACUGGAAGGGUGGCUGAACACGCCGGAAAUGACGAGGAGCCCCUCUUCCCUUCACCGACCGGGAUUUGGCUCCGCCUCCGUGCCGCCCGGCGCAAGGGGGAAACCCCCCGAGAAGUACCGCCCCCUCUCCGCCGACGUCAUCGCACGCUCACGCUCUCUGACGUCAGGCCGGCUUACGACGUGGUGUCGGCGUGUGCAGCGACACCCCUCCCUCCCCGCCAGAGCCCCGGGCACGGCGCGCCGUGGAGGGUUGGUUGGGUCCGUAUCUUCCCAGCGUUUAGUUCUUAUUUUUGCUGCUGCUGUCGUUGUACCAGACGUGUUUUAGUAGGGUCGCCCUCGGUAGCCCCCGGGGCCGGCGGCCUGUGACUCACCCAGGGAGGGGCCGGCGGCAUGUGGGACCGGCCGGACCCGUGAGCCAGCUGCUGCAGGGGCUCCCACGUCAGGGAUUUCGGGAGCUGCUUGCGCUGCCUGUUUUGCCGGAGGAGGGGAAAAGCGAGCAGCGGGCAAGCCGAAAGAGACGACAGCCACAGACCCAAGAGACGGCCGCUGGAGCUUCGAUGGUUUACCCCGCCAGCGAUGAGCCGCCCGUCCUCCGCCGGACCCAGCGCGACUAAGACCUGCAUCAAGCCGCCGCCGCCGCCGCCGGCUCACCACCCCGCCCCCGCGGCGGCGGCCCCGGUGUCCGUCCGGCCCAGCGCUGCCCUCCCCGCCGCGGCCGCCGUGCUGCCGGGCCCCGUGUCCCCGCAGCACCAGGAGCUCACCUCCCUCUUCGAGUGCCCCGUCUGCUUCGACUAUGUCCUGCCGCCCAUCCUGCAGUGCCAGGCCGGACACCUGGUCUGCAACCAAUGCCGACAGAAGCUGACCUGCUGCCCGACGUGCCGGGGCUCCCUGAGCCCGAGCAUCCGCAACCUGGCCAUGGAGAAGGUUGCGUCGGCGGUGCUCUUCCCCUGCAAGAAAGCAAUCGCACACAGACUGCGGACCGCAAUUCUGCGGCGGCAGGCGACUGCUGUUUUUAACGGGUACGCCUCCACGGGCUGCUCCCUGACCCUGCACCACAGCCAGAAGCCGGAGCACGAGGACGUGUGCGAGUUCCGGCCCUACGCCUGCCCCUGCCCGGGGGCGUCCUGCAAGUGGCAGGGCUCGCUGGAGGCCGUGAUGCCCCACCUGAUGCACGCCCACAAGAGCAUCACCACGCUGCAGGGCGAGGACAUCGUCUUCCUGGCCACGGACAUCAACCUGCCGGGGGCGGUGGACUGGGUCAUGAUGCAGUCCUGCUUCGGCCACCACUUCAUGCUGGUGCUGGAGAAGCAGGAGAAGUACGAGGGCCACCAGCAGUUCUUCGCCAUCGUGCUGCUCAUCGGCACGCGCAAGCAGGUAGUUAAGAACUGA